AUGCCCACCCACCAGCCAGACGCUGGGCACCAACAGGCUCCUUCUCCCCAAGGCCCAGCCCCUUAUCAGGAAAGGAUUUGGGUUGGUGGGGAGGGGGAAGUCCGAGGCCCCUGGCUCCGCAAGGUGGGUAGGAGAGAUAGGGAAGUGGGGAGGGGGCCUCGGGGGUCCUGCUGGGAGGGCCAGAGGCCGGAAGGGAUGCCCAGAGCCAGCGUGGGGCGUGGGGUUUGCCAAGCGCUGUCCUUGCUGGCCGGCCCUGCGACAUGGUUCCAGGGCUGCUUCUGCCUUCCAUCCUUGCCGGCACGUUUAAUUAGCAAAGCAGCCGCCUCUCCCUGA